ACGCGAGCUUCAUUUCAUCAUCCGAGCGACGAGCAGCGCUGCGGGAGAGGCUCUAUAAGGCUAGAACUUUAUAUAUCUCUCGCUCAAGGUAGAAAGGAUUUGCACUUUAGUUUCUCAAUAUUUGAGAAAAGCCAGCGCGCGAGACGAGUGCCCGUAGGGCGCGGUUUUAAGUCUUUGAUCUCGAGCUGAGCCUAAGGAGGCUAAGAUGGCGUUUUAAGGCAAUGAUGCGGCGACACUAAUGCGGCGGCAAUGCACCAGGCAAAACAACAAGAUUCGCGCAAUUCCAUCUUCACAACUGCCAAGCAGUUGGGCUCCGGUACCGCUCGCGGUCUAGCGGUGAGCCAGCCGAUACCUCUGCUCCUCGACCGGAGGAAGCUGAAACGCUAACGGGCUAGCCCCGGUAAACGGUAACGGUUUCAUAUCAUAUCUAUUAUUCUUUCGUGCGUCGUCGAAUCAUUUCCCACAAUGAAGCCUCAAGACAUCAUAGCCGGUAAAAGUAGCCUGUGGAUUUUCGGCUACGGUUCCCUGGUGUGGAAACCCGACUUUAAACACAAGCGGAGCCACGUCGGCUUCAUCCGCGGGUACAAGCGGCUCUUCUGGCACGGGGACACCUUCCACCGCGGAAGUGACGAAAUGCCUGGAAGAGUGGUGACGCUCCUGGAGGAGGAUGACGCAUGCACCUGGGGCGUGGCCUUCGAGGUGACCGGCUCCCAGAUCGAGGAGUCCCUCGCCUACCUGAACAUUCGCGAGGCGGUACGAGGAGGCUACGGCACCCGUAUGGUCGAGUUCAUCCCACGUGACGAGAGCCAGCCUUCGGUCCAGGCUCUGGUCUACAUCGCUACAGAAGACAACCCGACCUACCUGGGUCCGGCGAGUACAGACGAGAUCGCCGCUCAGAUCGCAGUGUGCAAGGGGAAGACGGGCUACAACAUCGAGUACCUGCUCCGCCUGGCUGAGUUCAUGAGGCAGAGCUGCCCGGAGGUGGAUGACACUCACCUGUUUUCCAUCGAGAAGGCCUGCCUCGCUAUCUUUAAGCCUUUACUGUUAGCAGCACAGCACCGUGUAACUGCUUGAAACUGAAACGCUACCUGUAAAUCCUUAACACUCACUUAUCUCAUGCAUUGUUACUGUAAUGUGUUCGAUUUACAUUUCAUUUCUCUCAUGAAGUGACAAACACAAAGCUGUACGGCGCACACACACACCUACCUUCAGAACAUUCUCCGUUUACUUUACACUCCAAAACCUGACAUUCAGUGUGUGUGAUGUACCACGCUUCAGAAAACCGUUUUAUUGUAAAAGGACGUUGAAUAAAGGUGCAUUCAUCCAAA